GUCAGCAAUGCACCGUGUGGUACCAAUAUGAACAGUAGAAGAAGAACAUGGUCGGCUAAUGUGGCUAAAACGAGCAAAAAUGGAAUUUAACAAGAGAUAAAGCACCAGGAGAACAACAAUAAUCACUUCUUGUUUCUCUUGACUGAAAGAUAAAUCCCAACAUGGCAUCAGAUGAUAUUAAUCUGCUGGUCAUCGUCGUGGAUGUAAAUCCGAUAUGGUGGGGGCAGCAAGCUCAAGCCGAGACAGAGCUCACCCUGUCCAAGUGUCUGGAUGCAGUGAUGGUGCUGGGGAACUCCCACAUGGCCAUGUCCAGGACCAACAAGCUGGCUGUCAUCGCCAGCCACUGUCAGGACAGUCACUUCCUAUAUCCCGGUAAGAGCUGGGGAGCGGGCGACAGCUGUGAGGAGGAUGCUUCCUCCAGUGGGGAUGGAAAAUAUGAACUCUUGUCAGUCGCUAAUAACUUUAUUGCUGAAGAAAUCAGGAAGGUUAUUGCAAAAACGGAUGUGAUGGGAAAUUCCACAGACACUCUGUUGGCUGGGUCACUGGCCAAAGCUCUGUGCUAUAUUAACAGAGUCGCAAAAGAUCAUGAAGUUGGACAAGAAACAAAAUCAAGAAUAUUGGUGAUAAAAGCAGCCGAGGACUGUGCCCUACAGUACAUGAACUUCAUGAAUGUCAUUUUUGCUUCCCAAAAGCAGAACAUCCUGAUAGAUGCCUGUGUGUUGGACUCAGACUCGGGUCUCCUUCAGCAGGCUUGCGAUAUAACUGGAGGAUUGUACCUCAAGAUACCACAAAAAGUUGCUUUGGCACAAUACCUUUUGUGGGUGUUCCUGCCUGACAGUGAGCAGCGGGCCCAGCUGGUUCUUCCUCCACCUGUGCACGUGGACUACAGAGCCGCAUGCUUCUGCCACAGGAACCUCAUUGACAUUGGCUAUGUGUGCUCAGUAUGUCUAUCAAUAUUCUGCAACUUCAGCCCCAUCUGCACAACCUGCGAGACUGCCUUCAAAAUCCAACUACCACAGAUGGUCAAGCCCAAAAAGAAGAAACUCAAGCAACAAACAUGAUUUCUGCUAGAAUAGAAAUAAUGUAGUGGAUUUAGUUUUCAUUUUUAUAUUAGGAUUAUACCAUUUUGUUUGGUAUAGAUUUGUACGUGCUUCAGUGACAUCCUUUAGCCAUAUGAACAUGUUGAAUGUACUUACAUGUUCAGGCUCCAUUUACAUGUCAAUGGAUUCACUGCUUUUGGAAAAAAUACCUUUCUGAUUUUUUAUGAACAUUUUUAUAAAAUAAAAACAUCCUAUAAUUGUC